AUGGAGUGUGACGGGGAGGAUAGGGAGGGCUUGCUGGAGGAGGACGGUGUGCCUCAUGAGUGGGCAAACACAGGCCCACUAUCACUUGGUGCCUUUAUCGCCCCAGUGCUAGAGGCUACUGAGAUCACUGCAAGAACGUUAGAGGCCAUGCGUCAACUUUUUGACACGUUUAAAAAGCUGCAAGUGCAUCCGACGGAAAGUGGCUGGAAGCCUAUUGUAAAGGUUACUGAGGGCUUCGCCGCUUGCAAAGCCUUCCUUCAAGCGCUAGCACGGGCCUCUGACCUUCUGGGGAUCCGACCACAGAGCCGCGCGUAUAGGAACCAGUUUACAAAGAACUACAAGGCCUUGUUUCCUGAUUAUAGACGGCACUACCGCGUGGAUGUACUAGAGGCUUCCCAGGAAGGGUACUCUACUAUCUACGUUAACGGCGAGCGCUAUGACUUCCAUGCCACGGUUUUGGAAAGGGGCGCCAGCUUUAGAGAGGCAUGGGGAAGGACUUUAGAUGUGCUUAACACAAUGCAGCACGUGGAUUUGUUCGAAAGUCCUUUUUGGCGCUCUGAACUGGUGCCCGUACUGGUCGAACUGGAUAGUAAAUGGGCCUCAUUCGAGGAGGAGUAUAUCCUUGAACUGAUCCAGAUAGAGCGAAAAGCCCGACGCUACGUGAUGGAUGUUAUCUAUUUAGAAAAUCAGCUGCUGUACUUGGAUGGAGCUGUGGCCUCCCUUGUCUCCCAGGGCAAUGCCAACCAAACGGCCCAUCUACACGUGUGGCAGCAGUGGCAGAGUUGCAGGAGGCAGUACGUCAAAAAGGUCUUCAGACUCAACUCAGUCGCUAACUACAGGAGAAAGGGUCACACUGGACUUGAUCUAAGUGUGCUUGAGGCAUCGGAGAACAUCAUCAAAACAAGCGAGUCAGAUCCCGGCCAUGUAUAUUCCGCCGUGGAGCACAUGGCUGCAGAAUGCGUUACAAGCUUUAACGACUUUAGAGGAGUGCAAAAGAACGGAGCAGCGCAGCGGCGAGAGCAAAGAAGAUGCAGCUAGCAGUUUUUUGUUUCCUGCGGCGAGUUCAGGCAUAUAAACGAGCUAAGACAGUCUCCAGAACGCGUGGACCCGCACCUAGGGAAUAAUCACGUGCUGGUUUCCCACCUCUGCCGGCUGGAGGAAACCUGGCAACUGGCGCACAAAUAUUUGAGGGAUCCCCAGCGGCUACGGGACCUGCUCAGUCUUAUUGAGUUUAUAACGGCCAUUGUGGCCACAGAAAAGACCAUACAUCUCAGAACAGCUUCGCAUGGAGAUUUGCCUACAUCUGGAUGCCCGGAGAGCUAUCAAAGGACGCUUAACAGCUGCCGCACGGGGCACCAACAACAAAGUGGCAAGGAGUCAUCCGAGAGCAGCAGCCUUUCCUCCUCCCACCCCAGCAGUAAGAGCAUUCAACAUCACGACAGCCGCUUCGCUACGAGCAAUUCCACUGAAGGAGACUUUGCAGAUACUCUGGAACACCGUGUCGUCAAUUGCGAUGUGGGGGCCUUCCUAGCGAUACCCCGCUUCGUCUGCCUCUACUAUCUGCUGGAUCCCAUUCACCGCGUACACUUGUUUAGACCUUUCUUGCCAAGCCUGUUUCGUGAAGAUUGCGCAGACGGUGUAAAUGUGGGGGAUGUAGGGGACAACGAUUGUUCAUCUACCCCGACAACUCCAGCAUCACUUCCUCGAGCAGUUCAGGAAGGCGACAGAUGCACAGCUGCCGCAUCUGUUUUAUCGGGAGCACAGUUUGUCUGCAGACUAGAGACUCGGGUACGUAGUCCAGUGGCAUUGGCCUCCCCUCAAGUUGUAGGUAGUAAGGUAGGGGAUGGAGCGUCGGACGGUCCUGUGUCUUCCCCCGCCACUGAGCAGACACAACCAGAGGGGGCCGCCUUUCCGCAGCACGCAGAGGCUUCUGAGGAAACUUGGGCAAAUAAGAGACAGCAGAACGCUCAAGACAGGGGGGAAGUACAGAGAGCUACGUUCCCCUCGGCACCUACGACCAGCAGCACUACUCAAGGGGAGCUGGCGCCUCUUUCCGGCACGCACUCCAAUUCUUUGCUGCCUCUUUUCUUGUCGGGAGGCCUCUUGGACACUGGAUCUGCCACCAGUGCUGAAGGAAAUCUCCAGACCAAUUCCUUAGGGGUCCCCUCAGCGCCCGCCUCCCGUUCGGGGCCUUCCUCACAGAGGCUGUCAUGUCCCAGUCUUGCCGGGACAGAAAGAUGUGUGUCUCGACGCUUGCGCGUAUUCCCUUGUCAUUCGGACUCCGACUGGUGCAGUACAGUACCCCCUCCCUUCUGUGGUGUUGAGGCCAUGGGGAGCUACCGUUGCUGCAGAUUGGUACGCAGCAAAGUCCCCCGUUCGUUGCGACCUAUGGUGCGAGCAUGGCAAAAAAUCCAGCAGUGGGUGCAGACAGCCGGGAUGGAAGGCAGAGCAGAGCCCUGGCUCUGCGUAGUAGCGCGUCUCUCCGACUCGGGUGCCUUCGAGCCCCUCAUGCACUCUCAAAUGAACUCCAAGUGCACAACUUCUAGUUCCAUGAACAAUCAUGAGCAUGAAGUCCUUGCAGAGGGUUUGUGGUUUUCGGAUUCGUGGCCGUAUUUCUCCUCUGUAGAACCGCGUGCAGUUUUUAAAGUUCUCUGCCGGAGUUUGUGCUGCCUGACUUUACAGGUGUCUGGUGGCCGGAGGUAUUUGGAGGCCCUCUUCCAGUCUGUAGAAUCGGUUUCCAUGGCCAUCCAGCGUUCAUGCGCGGCAGAGUGGAAUGAGUUCCUGCAAGUGCUCAUUACUAGUGUCACUCACAGAAUGCAGACUAUGUGUCAUGUUGCACAGUGCCCAGCCGUGUCGCAACUCUCAACCGAUGAACUUGGAGGGUCAGCCGACACCGCUGCAAGUGACACCUUUCUUGCAUCUGCAAAAAGGUAG